AUGUUCAAAUUGUCUGUUUGCAUUGCUUUAAUUGCUUUGGUAUGCUCCGCUUCUGGUAAACCUGCCGUUUUGGCUCCUGUUGUGGCCGCUGCUGCUCCCGCCGGUGUUGUAACAGCAACUAGUUCACAAUAUGUUGCCCGUAACUAUAAUGGGAUAGCUACAGCUCCGGUAAUAGCUCCAGUCGCUGCAGCUGCCUAUACAGCGCCUGUAGCUGCUGCCUAUACUGCUCCCGUUGCAGCCGCUUACACCACAUCCGUAGCGGCGCCUGUAGCUGCAGCCUAUACUGCUCCCGUGGCAGCCGCAUACACGGCCCCCAUCGCUGCCGCAUAUACAGCUCCUAUAGCUGCCUCCUAUUAUCCUCAUACCGCUGCCUAUACUACGGUUUUCUAAACCUCUUUAUCAACGAUUUUGAAAACUAUGUAAAAUGGAUCUUUGUUAAACGGACUUUGUGAUUUUAAUUUAAGUUCAAAAAUGUUAAUAAAAUAGUGAAAUAAAAAUAAUUUGCAUCGUGUACCAAUAUGGUUUAUGUCAUCUAACAUCAUAAUAAAUAAUGUUAUUAUGCAGCCCAGAAUUCUUAUGCACUUGUAAGGUUACACAACAA